AUUUACAAUAGUUUGUCAUUGCUUCAUCCCAUCCAGAUGAGCUUUUUAUUCAAGCAAAAAACCAAGACUCCGGCCGAGUUGGUUCGCAAUAUCAAAGAGUCGCUGGGUCGACUGGAUAGCGGUGACAUGAAAAAGGCCAACGAGGAGAUUUCAAAGGGUCUUGUUGCAAUGAAGAACAUUUUAUACGGAGAUGGAGAAAGUGAUCCCGUUCCCGAAUUGGUCACGCAACUUUCUUCGGAAGUCAUCAAUGGUGAUAUAUUGGUGAUGCUAGUCAAUAACAUUCAAUGCUUUGAAUUCGAGGCCAAGAAGGAUGUGGCACAGAUUUUCAAUAAUCUACUCAAGCGUCAACUGGGAACUCGGUUCCCAACAGCCGAUUAUAUUGGAAACAAACAAGAUAUUCUAUUUGUGCUUAUUGGGGGAUAUGACAACCAAGACAUUUCACUAAACUGUGGCAUGGUUUUGCGCGAAUGCAUUCGUCAUGAGUCUCUUGCCAAAAUUGUUUUAGAGUCCCAAUACUUUUGGAGAUUUUUUGAGUUUGUGGAGCUUUCCACAUUUGAUGUUGCAUCGGAUGCUUUUGCCACGUUCAAGGAUUUACUCACGCGACACAGAAUGUUGGUGGCCAAGUUUCUCGAAAUCAAAUACGACGAGUUUUUCUUGAAAUACACCGAUUUGUUGAAUUCAAACAACUAUGUCACAAAGCGCCAGUCACUCAAGCUUCUUGGUGAACUGCUACUUGAUCGCACAAACUAUGUCAUUAUGACAAAGUAUAUUUUGAGUCCAGAUAAUUUGAAAUUAAUGAUGAAUCUGCUAAAGGAAAAGAGUAAAAACAUUCAGUUUGAGGCGUUUCAUGUUUUCAAGGUGUUUGUAGCCAAUCCUUCCAAAGCAAAACCCAUUUUGGAUAUUUUGCAAAAAAACAAGGACAAGCUGCUGGUAUAUCUAUCAAACUUUCAUAAUGAGAGAUCAGAUGAUGAACAAUUUAAUGAUGAAAAGGCAUUUCUUAUUAAGCAAAUACAAGAUCUGUGAUUUGAUCAUUUUGAUUGAUUUUGAUUGUAGUUUAUGAUGGAUGAAGCAAGUAUUUUAUUUUUAAACAAUAGUUUGAAUUCAAUCAACAG